AUGUCGGCCGAUCAGGCCUGUCUUCGAUGUCGGAGACAGAAACGAAAAUGUGACAAGAUUCUUCCACGCUGUACCCUUUGUAAAAGAUUGAAUAAGCCUUGUGACUAUCUCCUUCCAGUUCAAGCCCCUCGUCUGCUGCCUCUGCCAGAUUGGGCCGACUUGACACCCUCCAACCUGCGUCAUACACUCGGAGCUCAGGUCUCAUUAAUCGUGGGCGAUGGAUUGCAACUGCAAGCUACUACAGCCUUAUAUUUCCGAACUGUACAUACAUGGUUCCCUAUUAUAUCGGAGACCUGCUAUAAUAUCCGGUUAUCAAAUGUACGCGUCCAGACAGCUACUGUCCCAUCCGACUUGAGCUUCUUGACUCUCUGCAUGGCCCUUGUUUGUAAGGAGCCUGUGGGAGUAGAGCUUCCUCUCUCGACCCGAUCGUGGUAUGCUUCUCUCAAGAGCUUUGUGGCUCUUCUCGAAGCGAUGGGGACAAAUUCGUUGGAAAUGUUGCAGGGUCGUCUUCUCCUGACGAUCUUCGAGAUCGGUCAUGCCAUGUAUCCCGCCGCAUAUGUCUCCACCGCGGCCAAUGUACGCACCGCAAUCUCCCUGGGGAUAAAUGCCCCUUGCGAUGACCCGCGCAAGGUUUUUCGGGAUCCACAGAAAGCCGAGGAGGCACAACAGACCUGGCGUGGCAUCGCCAUCACUGACAGGUCAGAUCUAGCCCCCGAGGAUGCACAUCAGAUCGUAUCCAUACUGAAACAAGAGCACCUGGUAGAUAUGUCUCGCUGGAAAAUGGCCAAGCACCCAGACACUGAAGAUUGCCCGAAGGUGAAAAUGGAUCCAUUCACCAAGCUAGCUCACGCAUCCCAGCUCUUGAACCAGGUGUUGGUUCAUAUCCAUUUGACCAAAUCGCAUUCCCUUUUCGAUGGCAUCGAGGCAGUCCAGAUCCUCAAAUCCCUGACUUCGUUUCUGUCGACCUUCCAAAGCGGUGAUUUUAAUCCACAUCCUCUAUCGGAUAGCGCAUUGGCAAUAUGUAGAAGUGCCAUGCUCGAAGCCUUAGAGGUUGGAUCUCACACGUAUAUCCCCGACAAUGAGUGUUGUAUUCAUACGUCACUCAAUAUUCUCAAGUCUCUCGUCUACGAGAUUACGCGAGAGGCGGAAACGUCUCCCUCGAGUGAGAUGGCGGCUUUGUCUGUGUUUCUCCCCCAUUGUCUAUACAAGGCCGCUAUGGUGUGCCUUAACGAUACCAGGCUAGCUGGGGGUGUCGAUCCGGAGCCAUCGAUGCGUCCCUUAAAAGUCCUACUGGCCUAUCUGGGCAUGAGAUGGCUGGCUGCAAAACGUUACUUGGCAAAAGUCGAGACAGCACAGGAGACAUAUAACCUGUAA